GAUGUGGGAUUAUUCAGGAGAACCUAACGACGCUGUCACGUUACAGUUACUUUUGUACUGGGAUUCAAAUGAAGAGGAGCGGGGCCUGAAAUGACCUGACGGAGUUCAGCUGGCUCAGAAAACCUUUUCUCUGAACAAAACAAACACUUUUCUCUUUAACAUUGCUUGGAAAUGAAUCUUUGAAGCUAACAUUACGUCUGGAUCCUCAGCUGGGACUGGGAAACGAGCCCAACACAGGCUCCUGUGGUGGCCCCUCCUUCAGAACCUUCAUGGCAUGACGGGCUUUGUUUUGGGUCAAACCAGAAGCAGAACAUACCGGUCCAGCUUUCAGCCUGCCGGGCUGUGAGAUGAGUAGCCAGGGCAGUCCGGUGAAGAGCUACGACUACCUGCUGAAGUUCCUGCUGGUGGGAGACAGUGACGUGGGCAAAGGAGAGAUUCUGGACAGCCUUCAGGACGGGUCAGCAGAGUCUCCGUACGCCUACAGCAGCGGUAUUGACUAUAAGACCACCACCAUCCUUCUGGACGGCCGGAGGGUGAAGCUUGAGCUGUGGGACACGUCGGGUCAGGGCAGGUUCUGCACCAUCUUCCGCUCAUACUCCCGUGGAGCUCAGGGGAUCCUACUGGUGUAUGACAUCACUAACCGCUGGUCCUUCGAUGGCAUCGACAGAUGGAUCAGGGAGAUCGAUGAGCAUGCCCCUGGCCUGCCUCGGAUCCUCGUGGGGAACCGUCUCCACUUGGCCUUCAAACGUCAGGUUCCGACAGAGCAGGCGCGGGCGUACGCAGAGAAAAAUGGCAUGACUUUCUUCGAGAUGAGCCCGCUGUGCAACUUCAACGUGAUUGAGUCGUUCACGGAACUGUCCCGCAUCGUCCUCAUGAGGCAUGGCAUGGAGAAGUUCUGGAGGCCCAAUAGAGUCUUCAGCCUGCAGGACCUCUGCUGCCGGGCCAUCGUGUCCUGCACGCCAGUCCACCUCAUCGACAAACUCCCGCUGCCCGUCGCCAUCAAGUCCCACCUGAAGUCGUUCUCCAUGGCCAAUGGGAUGAACGCCGUCAUGAUGCACGGACGCUCUUACUCGCUGGCCAGCCCAGCCGGAGGCUCCAAAGGCAACAGCCUGAAGCGCUCUAAGUCCAUCCGUCCCCCUCAGAGUCCGCCUCAGAACUGCACUCGCUCCAACUGUAAGAUCGCCUAA